UUCUCUGUAGAUCUGCAGAGUCUGCAAGAGAGUGUUGAUUGCUUCGUCGAGAGGGUGGCAGCGAUGGAGGCGGAGUACGGUAUUGAACUGCUGAAUAUGCCUGAAGAAGAAGGAGAACCUAUUUCUUCAAGGAUUGAUUAUGGCGGAAUCGACUCGGAUAUGGUUGGAUUAUCUAAUUAUUUUGAAGAUAUUAGGAAUCAUUUUCUUGGAGAAGCUCAGAGGAAUUGGUUGUUAGUUACUGGGAUGGCAGGCGUUGGAAAGACAACUCUUGCAAAGAAAGUAUUUGAUGAUCCAUCCAUUCAGAGACAUUUCGAGCUUCGAGCAUGGGUCAAAGUGGGCAGAAAGUGUGAGUUCAAUGAAAUACUACGAUGCAUUUUGGCUCAGGUUGAUCCGGAUACUCACGACCAUAUGGUUACUCAUGGAGAAGAUGGUGACGACGAGAAAUUGGUUGGAGUCUUGGAAGAGAGAUUGAAGGUUAAGAAAUGUCUCAUCGUGUUGGAAGAUAUAUGGGGAUGGGACACGCAAGUAAUGGAUAACUUGCCACAAGAGAACGUCCGAAUCUUGCUUACAAGCCGACAAAGAUUUCUAGAAUAUCAAGUUCAAAUAGUACGCUUGUUGGAUGAAGAAGAAAGUAAGCAAUUACUUGGUAAGAAGGUGUUCGGUGAAGAGGGUUUCCCUUUUCACCUUGAGAAACUGGGAGAGAAGAUUGCCAAGAAAUGCGAAGGUCUUCCUCUUAUGAUAGUCACAGUUGCAGAGCUUCUAUCCGAGGAAGACAAGACCCCAGAAUUCUGGACCGAGGUAGCUGAAAAACAACAUAAUUUAGUCUUCGAGGGUGCAUAUGAUCAGAUAUCUGAGGUACUUUUCCCAAGCUACGAUUAUUUGCCACAAUAUUUAAAAAUGUUUUUUCUCUAUUUGGGAGCUUUUCGUCCAUAUAGGGACAUCAGAAUAUAUGGCCUCUUAGGUUGUCUGAGUGCUGAAGGGUUCAUGGAACCAACUGAAAUACAAAAUUUGCAAGAUUUUGUGUUCCGAUGCAUGGUUGAGCUUGGUAAAAGGUAUCAGCUUGUUCUACUCGGACUUGAUCGGUUGUCUUGGUUUUCAAAUAAAGAUUUUCGUGUGCAUUCUUGCUGGCAACACUUGUGUAUAAAUGAAGCUAGGAAGAUCAAGUUUUUGCAUGUUUUACAAAGUUUGGAAGAUGAUAUGGAAGAUAUGAAAGACCAACGGCGGUUAUGUGCCCACUCCAACACUUUAUUUUCCUUCAAAGAAGUGCAUGAUUCAAUAAAAAGUGAUUGUGCACACAAUGCUCGUUCUCUUCUUUGUUAUGGUCCUUAUCACCAAUAUUCGGUGCCAAUGCAUGCUAUGGAUUUCAAGUUGCUCAGGGUACUAGAAGCUCUUCAAGUCCGAUUUUAUGGUAUUCCACUUGAAAUUCUAAAACUAGUUUGUCUAAAGUACCUUGCCCUAACUUGCAACAAAGAUCUCCCUGCUUCCAUAUCUAAUCUUUUUCACCUUCAAUUCUUGAUUAUCCAUCGGAAUAUGCACAUUAAAAAGUGUGGAGUUCUGUCAUACGUGCCAAUGGAGAUUUGGGAAAUGCAAGAACUACUAUUUAUUGACAUUUUGGGAAGAGAGCUACCAACUCCUAAUUCUAAUGCUACUUUGGACAAACUCUCCUUUCUUUUUGGUGUGAGUGCAAAGAGUUGCACUAGAGAAAUUCUCAAAAGAAUGCCUAAUUUAAUGAAACUAUUAAUUCUGAGUGAGAGAGAGCCUUAUGAUGACGACGAUGAUAAAAACCCCUUGUGUGGCUUGGAAUAUAUCUCAGAAGAACUCCGGAAUUUAAAGUUUCUCAAUUAUUCUGUAGUGAACCCUGAGAUGAAGUAUGUGUCUAGGGUUCCUCUUUCUAUGUUCCCAACAAGUCUGACAGUGUUGCACUUGAGUGGCUUAGGGUGUCCGUGGAAGCACAUUAUAGACAUUGGUCUACUACUACCAAAUCUUGAGACACUCCGGUUAGAACAUUAUGCCUUUCAAGGCCCAGAGUGGGAUAUAGUACCAGGCUGUUUUUUGAAACUUCAGACACUAAUAAUUGGAGACACCGAUUUGGUGCGAUGGAGAAUUCAACAUGGAAGCCUCCCAAAGCUUGACCUCCUAACCAUACGGCAUUGCUACAAGUUACAACAACUCGAUUGGAUGCGUGGUCCCUCAAUGGUCACAAAGCCCACAAUUGAAUUAGUUGAGUGCAAUCCCUUAUUUGUCGCUUCUGCCAUUCAAUUACCGAGAUCUGUCUUUACAGUUCUUUGCAGCCUUUCUGUUUGAGAUGAGAGAAGUCUUGCUGGACUCUCAACUUGGUUAACAGGCAAAUGAGAGAGCAAGAAGGGUAGGAUAUAUAUCGUCUUAUCCCACCAUUUAUAUUGUUGUUUUACCAUGUCGUUGACUGA